AUGGCGAAUCGGAAUAUUGAGAAAAUGGCUUCGAUCGAUGCUCAGUUGAGGCUUCUGGUGCCUGCAAAAGUGUCUGAAGAUGACAAAUUGGUGGAGUAUGACGCUCUUUUACUGGAUCGGUUUCUGGAUAUUCUGCAGGAUUUGCAUGGAGAAGACCUCAAGGAAACGGUUCAAGAGUGUUAUGAGCUUUCUGCUGAGUACGAAGGAAAACACGACCCCAAGAAGUUGGAGGAACUUGGAAAUGUGUUGACGAGUUUGGAUGCAGGGGACUCCAUUGUCAUUGCAAAAUCUUUUUCUCACAUGCUUAACUUGGCCAACUUGGCUGAGGAGGUUCAGAUUGCAUACCGUAGACGGAACAAGUUGAAGAAGGGUGAUUUUGCUGAUGAGAACAAUGCAACAACUGAAUCAGACAUUGAAGAAACUCUCAAGAAACUAGUGGUGCAGCUGAAGAAGUCCCCUGAAGAAGUUUUUGAUGCUCUCAAGAAUCAGACCGUGGAUCUGGUCCUUACUGCCCACCCCACCCAAUCAGUCCGUAGAUCGUUACUUCAGAAGCAUGGCAGGUUUGUAAUCAAAUUCCUGCCCUUUUGUUCUUGCACUAUAUUUUUUCUCUCCUUUUUUUCACCUCUCUUAUUUCUUCUACUCAGGAUCCGGAACUGUUUAGCCCAGUUAUAUGACAAAGACAUUACUCCUGAUGAUAAGCAGGAACUUGAUGAGGCUCUACAGAGAGAGAUUCAAGCUGCAUUUCGCACAGAUGAGAUCCGGAGGACCCCUCCUACUCCACAAGAUGAGAUGAGGGCAGGAAUGAGUUAUUUCCAUGAAACAAUCUGGAAGGGUGUCCCUAAAUUCUUGCGCCGUGUUGACACAGCUUUGAAAAACAUAGGCAUAAAUGAACGUGUUCCUUACAAUGCACCUCUAAUUCAGUUCUCUUCUUGGAUGGGUGGUGAUCGUGAUGGUAACCCAAGGGUGACUCCUGAGGUCACAAGGGAUGUUUGCUUAUUGGCUAGAAUGAUGGCUGCUAACUUAUACUAUUCCCAGAUAGAGGAUCUUAUGUUUGAGUUGUCUAUGUGGCGAUGCAAUGACGAACUUCGUGUUCGUGCAGAUGAACUCCUCAGAUCUUCAAAGAAAGAUGCAAAACACUAUAUAGAGUUUUGGAAACAAAUUCCUCCAAGUGAACCUUAUCGUGUCAUCCUUGGCGACGUGAGGGACAAACUGUAUCAAACACGUGAACGUUCUCGUCAUUUACUAGCCAAUGGGAUCUCUGACAUUCCAGGGGAGGCAACUUACACCAAUCUUGAGCAGUUCUUGGAACCUCUUGAACUCUGUUACAGAUCACUCUGUGCUUGUGGUGACCGACCAAUUGCUGAUGGAAGCCUUCUCGAUUUUCUGAGACAAGUGUCCACAUUUGGACUUUCACUUGUGCGUCUUGAUAUUAGGCAAGAAUCUGACCGACACACUGAUGUAAUUGAUGCCAUUACUAGGCACUUGGAAAUUGGUUCCUACCGAGAAUGGUCUGAAGAACGCCGUCAGGAAUGGCUUUUGUCUGAACUAAGUGGGAAGCGGCCACUGUUUGGCCCUGAUCUUCCAAAAACUGAAGAAAUUGCUGACGUUCUGGACACAUUUCACGUCAUAGCAGAACUCCCAGCAGACAACUUUGGAGCAUACAUCAUCUCCAUGGCCACUGCCCCAUCUGAUGUGCUUGCAGUCGAGCUCCUUCAACGUGAAUGCCAUGUGAAGCAACCAUUAAGAGUUGUUCCACUGUUUGAGAAACUUGCUGAUCUAGAGGCUGCUCCAGCUGCUGUUGCUCGUCUGUUCUCAAUAGAUUGGUACAAAAAUCGGAUUAAUGGGAAACAAGAAGUCAUGAUUGGGUACUCAGAUUCUGGGAAAGACGCUGGAAGGCUCUCAGCGGCAUGGGCCUUAUACAAGGCUCAAGAGGAGCUUAUUAAAGUUGCUAAGCAAUAUGGUAUCAAGCUAACCAUGUUCCAUGGUCGAGGUGGCACAGUUGGAAGAGGAGGUGGUCCAACCCAUCUUGCUAUAUUGUCUCAACCACCAGAUACAAUUCAUGGUUCACUCCGAGUAACUGUCCAAGGAGAAGUUAUUGAGCAGUCCUUUGGAGAAGAGCACUUGUGUUUUAGAACACUCCAGCGUUUCACAGCUGCAACACUCGAACAUGGAAUGCAUCCCCCAAUCUCGCCAAAACCAGAAUGGCGUGCUCUUAUGGACGAAAUGGCUGUUGUUGCUACGGAGAAUUAUCGUUCAAUUGUUUUCCAAGAACCUCGAUUUGUUGAGUAUUUCCGCCUUGCUACACCAGAGCUGGAGUAUGGUAGAAUGAACAUUGGUAGCCGUCCAUCAAAGCGUAAGCCAAGUGGGGGAAUCGAAUCGCUCCGUGCAAUCCCAUGGAUCUUUGCCUGGACACAGACAAGGUUCCAUCUCCCAGUGUGGCUUGGCUUUGGAGGAGCUUUUAAAUAUGCCAUCGAGAAGGAUAUCAGGAAUCUACAUUUGCUGCAGGAGAUGUACAACGAAUGGCCUUUCUUCAGGGUCACCAUUGAUUUGGUUGAAAUGGUGUUUGCCAAGGGAGACCCUGGGAUUGCAGCUCUGUAUGACAAGCUCCUUGUGUCAAAAGACCUGUGGUCAUUUGGAGAGCGGUUGAGGUCCAACUAUGAACAAACUAAGAGCCUUCUCCUCCAGAUUGCUGGACACAAGGACCUUCUUGAAGGGGAUCCCUACUUGAAGCAAAGACUCCGCCUGCGUGACUCCUACAUCACAACCCUAAAUGUCUGCCAAGCAUGUACACUGAAACGGAUUCGUGACCCCAGCUACGAUGUUAAGGUGAGGCCACACAUCUGCAAGGACAUAAUGGAAUCAGCAGCUCAAGAACUUGUGAAUCUGAACCCAACGAGCGACUACGCCCCUGGUUUGGAGGACACCCUCAUCUUGACAAUGAAGGGUAUUGCAGCAGGCAUGCAGAACACCGGUUAAACUCUGGUUUCUAUUGUACCCUUGUUUCUUCUUUCUAUAAUAUAGGUUUUGCCCAAUGACAGUAUACAUUAUAUAAGCAGAGAAGCACGAGCUUUGGGUGAUCCUUGUGACUUGAAUGUUUAGUUUUUGCGGCAGUUUUUUCAGAUUGCUUUGUGCUUAAAUAGUUUUAGCAGCAGCAGCUGUGUUGAAUGUUAAUGGAAGAACUGGUUGAUUAUGCCUUCUUGAACUCUUUUGCUUUUCUUUCCUUUUGGAUCAAUGGCAUAUAUGUAUUGGAAAACUGUUUCUUGUAUGAAGAAGCAUUCUGUGGA